GUUGCUUGGUUGCCUGAGCACAAUUUUCAGAUUAAGAAUAUCUUCAAUACAAAAGGAUCAAUGCGUCUUUCUGAUAUGUUGAUGCAAGCGAGAAAGAAGCGUAAAUGUCCAACUUGGAUGGGAGAAACUGUUUGGAAUGAUCUUGAGAAGAUAUGGAUGGAUUCGUCGUUUAAAGAGAUAUCAAAUCGAGCUAAGAAAAAUCGUGCUUCUUCUAAAGGAGGAGCUGUCUGUACUGGUGGAUCUAUAUCCAUUGCUGAACAUACCAUUCGGAUGGCUGAAGAGUUAGGUAGAGACCUCGCAUUGGAUGAGGUCUUUUUAAAAACUCACACUAAGAAGAAGGACAACUCUUGGGUUGAUGAAAGAGCAAAAAAAAAACAUAUGAAACAUUUCAAGGUAAGUUACAACAAGCUUCCAAAAAUGGGGAAGCGUCUAGUAGUUGUAGCCAAGUGGUUAAUGCGGAAGCUCGCUUAGACAUGUGGGUCCAAUCUGUUGGGGGGAAGAAUAAAGGGAGGAUCUAUGGUGCUGAAGAUAGAUCCUCACUUUAUAGACCAGGUGUCGCAAGUCUAUGCCCAGAUUCUCGUCCAUCUAGAGGUUGUGUCAAUGUCUUGUCUCAACACUCUACCGAGAUAGCUGCACAUAUAAAAGCAUUUAAGGAGCGAGCAAAAGCGGCAGAACACGAGGCACGAGAGGCGCGAGAGGAGCUAAGGAAAGCAGAGCAACGUCGACAAGAGAAUGAGCAACGCACUAUAGAAAUCUAGAUACAGCUAGCAACAUUGGCAAAAAGUGUUGCUUCCAUACAGGUUGAGUCAUCCCGUCGUCGU